AGAAAGAUAGAGAGAGAGAGUUUCCGCGUAGACAGAUGAGACUGAGAAGAGACUGUUUAGAGGAAGAAAAGAAUGAAAUAAAGAGAGAGAGAGAGAGAGCGCUUUUCUAUGGUUUCAUUUUCUGAAUCUGAACGAAUAAAAAUAACACUUUGUUUUUAGACACCUAAGCAACAAAGAAAAUCAACCUUGUUUCGUUCUCGGCGAUUCACACCUGGGUUUUCAUAGUUUUCACACCACCUAUACAUAUAAAUCUCUCUCUCGCUUUCUCUUUUGGUCUUUCUAUCUCUCUCUCUUGUUACAAUCCAUCUUUUAGAACAGAAAAUUCUAAUCUUUGUAUAAAGCUAUUUUCCUACUUUUUAUUUUUAUUUUUUUGUGUGGUUCUUAAUGGAGGGACAUCAUCCUCAUCCUCAUCCUCAUCAUCUUCAACAUCAGCAACAGCAACAUCAUCAUAUCAGUGUCAACGUUGAUACGAGUGAUAGAUUUCCUCAAUGGAGUGUGCAAGAGACAAAGGAGUUCUUGAUGAUCCGAGCUGAGCUGGAUCGAACUUUCAUGGAAACAAAGAGGAACAAGCUCCUCUGGGAAGUUAUCUCCACCAAGAUGAAAGAAAAGGGUUUCAAUCGCAGCGCUGAACAGUGCAAGUGCAAGUGGAAAAACCUCGUUACUCGUUAUAAGGGGUGUGAGACAAUGGAACCUGAAGCCAUGCGUCAACAAUUCCCGUUUUACAAUGAACUCCAAGCGAUUUUCACUGCAAGGAUGCAGAGAAUGUUAUGGGCUGAAGCUGAAGGAGCAGCAAGUGGUUCAAAAAAGAAAGCUGCACAGCUUUCAUCUGAUGAAGAGGAAGAUAUCGAAGACAGUGAGGGAGAGAUCAAAGGCAACACUAGGAAGAAGAUUAAAAAGAGCAGCAAGAGCAAUAUUACUGGAAGUAGUACUAGCGGUGUUGGUAGUGGGAGUGGAAAUAAUUUCAACCAUUUGAAGGAGAUAUUGGAUGAUUUCAUGAAGCAACAGUUGCAAAUAGAAGUGCAAUGGAGGGAAGCGUUUGAGGCUAGAGAAAACGAGAGGAGAUUAAAGGAAAUGGAGUGGAGGCAACACAUGGAAGCAUUGGAGAGUGAGAGGAUAUUGAUGGAGCAGAGGUGGAGAGAGAGGGAAGAGCAAAGGAGGAUGAGAGAAGAAGCUAGGGCUGAGAAAAGGGACGCUCUUAUCACAGCUUUGCUUAGCAAGAUUAGGAGAGAGGAUAUGUAGUACCAGUAUUACUUAGUAGCUGAUUGGCUAGCUUUCGAUCAUUUUUCUUUUUAGCUUUGUGUUUCAAAGAGAUGGAUGAGCUUGCAAGCUUUGAAACUGAGAGGUUUGUCUUGGAACUCACAUGUUGGAGAUGAUUUUGUUCUUAUGGCUUUAUCAUAUAUGCAAAUCAUCGUUUUUUCCUCGCUGAGACUAAA